ACAAACUCUGUGCCUCUAAUUCCUCCCCUACUUUCCGGUUGCCGCCCCCAUUCCGUACAAACCGGCCGACGAUGUUGGCCGCCGGCGCUCGCGUUUCCCACCACCUUCGGGAGUGCGACUGCCACUUCGGCUUCCGGUUAAACUCAGGCCUUCCCUCCUCCUCCUCUUCCGCCGUCGUCCCCUUUCCUCCGAUAUGGCCUCGGAAGCCCACUUCUUCCCCUUCAAUUUCUCACCGCUCCCAACGACGUGGGUACUCUUUCUUUUGCUCCAUUGUCCCCUCCUUCGCCGCCGGCGAACCCCCCAUUCUUUCCGAUUGUUUUGGUUAUCGAGGAGGUGGUCGGGUAGUCUCUGUGACAGGGGGAAUAGUAGCGUUAGGAAAAUUUGAUGCUCUCCAUGUUGGUCAUCGAGAGCUUGCAAUUCAAGCAUCAAAGCUUGGAUCUCCAUUUCUAUUGUCAUUUGUUGGAAUUGCUCAAGUACUUGGCUGGGAACCUAGGGCUCCCGUAGUCGCUCAAUGCGACAGGACUCGAGUUCUUUCCUCGUGGGCACCAUUCUGCAGAAACAUGGCUCCAUCAGAAUAUCAGAUUCAAUUUUCAAGUGUUCGUCAUCUAACUCCACGAGAAUUUGUCGUGAAACUCUCGAACGAGCUCGGUGUUCGUGGAGUUGUGGCAGGUGAAAGUUAUAGGUUUGGAUAUAAAGCAGCAGGCGACACAGCCGAGUACGGGGUAGGCGCUUAUAUCAUAAAAUCCGUGAUGGAUAAGAACCAAGAAUUUACGGAUUCAACCAAUUCAAAGGAGCAAGGACAAGUGUUGUCUACUCGGGUUCGCUACACCCUUUCGACAGGUGAUAUGAAAUACGUCUCCGAGCUUUUAGGCUGUAGACAUCGUCUAGUUUUGAUGGCGAAAGACGUAGAGGGAUUAAGUUAUAGCAAUAGUAGAGUGUCAGUUCCAAGAUCAUGUUCAUUAAACUUAGCACCAAAAGAAGGUUUAUAUGAUAAGUGCUUUGUCUGGUCGUUUGAUCAGAACUUGACUCCAUGUCGGGUCGUUAUUGACUCGAGUCAUGUUCAUAUCGAGUUAGAUGAGUUAGCUACGUGUCGUCAUCCUGUAGGAACCGAUGACUACAUAAGUGUUGAGUUUGACGAUGAAGGAGUAUGAUUAUAUUCGAUU